AUGUCCAGGACAGAUAAUGCCACGAGAAACUCAAGCUACAGGCAAUGGCCAGGUGAACGGCAUCCGACGCAGUGGGAUGUGCACGAUGCCAACCAAAGCCCUGCAGUUAGCUUUCUCGAACGUUUUCGAGUUGCGCUGUUGCACAGUGAAUAUGCAGAAGAAGAGGGAGAAAGCGUGCUAGACGCUGCUUCUUUCAUUGGUGAAUCCGAGACUUUGAACCCGACAUUAACUCCUCCAACAGACUCCGCUGCCUCGUAUACAUAUCCAAUGGCAUUGCUUUCUGAUAACUUGGCUAUGCCCUCCGAGGACGAAUUAUUGCGGCUACAGGGAGAAUUCUAUACUUCCUUCAAACAACACAUCUUCAUCAAUUCGGUGGAUGUUACGGGAACAUCAGGCAUUAUUCCCCCAUAUCUGCAACUCGCACUCGCUUGUAUAUCAUCAGUCACCUCUCCACUGGCGGGUACGAACGAGCAUCUAAGCGGUAGCGACUUUUUCAUUACUGGGGUGCACCUGUGGGGGGUUAUGCUUGAGGUUGACAACCGUGAAGCUCGUCUUCUUGAGGCCGUGGUGGCGGCUACGUUGUUAAUUACUUACGGCAUCCUGUCAACGGACCACAAGGAGUGCAGGCAGGCCACCGGCCUACUGGCCAAUGUCACGACUAUUACGAGGCGUCUUCAUCUAACCGAUUAUUACCCACCGCUUUUAGUACCGGGUGAAAUACCAGAAAGAGAAUCAAGCAUGAAAAGUUCAUUGAUCAGUUAUAUGUUAUUAAUUGAUGUUAUGCACUCGGUACAUUGCAACACAGUUAUAAACCAUUCUGUAAGCGAGCUAUGGAUCAAAAUGCCGUCGUCAAUGCAUUCAUUUCGCACAAUUUACAAUUUACUUGCUCAUGACGAUGUCUUACCACCAGACGUAAAAAGCUCUGAAGACGGUCUACUACUGAUUACAGCGUUGUUAAGUGAUAUUAUCUACAUACAACGUUGCCAUGUGUCGCUGCCGCACCUUUCUACCCCCAAGGACGAAAGGCUGCGCAACCCUUAUGCUCCACUAUCUGCGAAGUCUGAGUUUUUGCGCCAAAGUGCUGGUAUGAUGGCGGCCCUUUCUCAGUGGGAGAACACCUUUCAUGACAAGGUUGAUAACGACAUCCUUGCUCUCUACUACUUCACUAAACUUCAUCUGAUCUGCCCUGCACUUUGGGAACUGCCUCGUAUGGCAGGAUAUGGCAGUAUCUGCUCCCAUCCGGUUGAGUCAAGGGAAAUGGAGAUUUCGGAUAAAGCAAUGGAUCUUGCCUGGCUUGUCUUAGAUCAUUGUGAUAAAAAUUCUAAGACUGCAAGACCGAACUUAUCCAUCUGGUUACCGAUCGUCUUAUUCAUAUCUGCACUAGUGGUAUGGCAACGUCUUCGUUCCCGAGCUGCCACCGAUUUGAAAUAUGGCACGUUGAAAGUGCUGAGUAUGUUCGAGCAUGAAAUUGCCCGGUUGCCGUGGCCAUGCUGUCGAGAAAUGAGCAAGACACUGGAGGGUCUCAUGCAGAACUAG